UGUCAAGUUAAGGCGUGGCAAUCAGCGGUGUCCGUGAAAUAUAUUUAUUUUGUGAAAGUUACACAUUACUUAACAUUUGAGUUUCAUCAUGUCUAAAUGUAUUGUGAAGACGCAACUGCGUGGUCCAGUUUUGAAGAUAAUCUUUACAGUUAUAAAACAUUCUGGCUAUACGUCAUGUGAAUUUGAUUCUGAGCAUAUAACUGUUGAUGACUUGGCUGUAAUUACAGUUAAAUCUAGAAAUAUUGAUUCUAAUUAUGUUGGAUUCUACAUGGUAAUGAAGAAGACUGAAAAUGCUAAGAAUUAUACUGUAUCAGUCAACAUGACUUAUGAGAAAGCUAUACAACAUUUUUUUUGUCCUGAUGCUUGGGUAGAAGUCCCUAUAACAAAAAAAAUUCGUGAUACUUAUAUCAAUAAUGGUAAUAACAGCUCAGAUGUAUACUUAUAUACCAUAGAAGUAAUCAUUGCUGUACAUGUAAUAAUGCCUACUAGCAUAACAUUAUCAACUUUAAAUAAAGAACUUUACAAAGAUACAAAGUCAAUGGACUUUAAUCUGCAGGCAACAGAUGGCACUGUGCCAAUGCACAAGAGCAUACUAUUUGUUCAUAGCCAGAUGUUCAGGACCAUGCUCCAAGGACAGUGGAAGGAAACUGAGCAAGACAGCAUCCAGAUGCCCGGAGAGACGGUACAGACUCUUCAGCACCUGAAGGACUAUAUGUACUUGGGCACCAUUCCCGAGCAAGGGCUAGAAGCGCUUCUGUUGCUGGCAAAACGUUGUUUGAUGGAUAAUCUGGUAACUCUUUGCAUUGAUAAACUGAUUGAAUCAGUCACGCCGGAGACAUUUGAUACUCUUGUAGAAUUUGGCUGUCAGAAAAAUGAGCCUAAAUUGAUGAAAGGACUCUUUAAGAAAAUACUGAGGUUUCCAGAUGAUAUUAUUAAUAGUUUUGCCACAUCUCGAAAUGACAAAGAGAAAAAUCCUAAUGAUAAUGACACAAAUUAACAAAAUCAUUUUAUAUUUUGCUACUUGACAAUUUAACUAUCCACUGAUUGUCUCUCUCUUUUAAUUUUAGUAAUUAAAAAGUACUUUUUAAUUAUUAAUUAAUGUCCUUUACUAUCUAACUUUGAAAAACUAAAUACCUAUAGAAUUUAUUUUAUUUUAUUCAUAAACAAUAAUACCUACAAUUGUGUCUAAAUGUUACAUUAGGUAUUACCUAAAUAAAUCAAGCCUAUUUACAAUUUAAAGAUAAUUCAUACGGAGUUACUGUCUUUCUUUACGUAUAUCGCUAAUUUUAUGUUUUGUUAUUCUUAGGUUAUUUUAGUACAGUACUGUGUCUAGUUUUAUUUUAAUUAAGUCUAUAAUUUCGUGCAUGAUUAUAAAA